AUGCCCCUCCUCCGAGAGCCGGUCGAGAAGGUUCUAGGCUUUAGCUUCCUCAAGCUCAUGUGGAGCGACUUUGUCAAGGGCACCAUCGAGCAAUUCCCAAUUGAUUCCGGCAUCCUUACGACGCGCAACAUCUACCCGCAAUCGGCUGCAGAUGCACCAGACUGGCUGCCUUCGCCGCAAGAUAUCGGACCGUUGAUUGCCCAUGUCAAGAAUAUCACCCCGCCAGCGGAGCGAAUCCAUCAUCGCGACAGCGACCACUUCACCAAGCCCCCUCAGCUCACCGACUAUGCCAGAAAGCACUUGAGCCCCGUACCCAUAUCGGCUCUUAACUGGCUCAUGCAUCUAGCAACAUGCACCCGGACAUCCGUCGAGCAGAUGAUUGAGAUUGGCGACUGGCAAGGCUGUCUCCUUAUGAGCAACGUGAUGGAGAACGUCGACAAGGGCAAAAUGUCAAUGGCCGAGAUGAAAGUCUUAUUUUGCCUGAUAACCAAAAGGCUUCGGGCUAUCCGCGAGCGCCUCGAUCCCGAUCCGUGGGGGACUCCCAUUGCCCCGAUUGUGAUAUCCUUCCACAACGGCCGGGUCCGCGUCGUCCAAGCAUAUGUUGUUCCACCCACAGCUGUCGACCCGUACCCUGUAAUGCCCCGUGUGAAUUUGAUCAUUUACUUGGACAUGGAGUACAGCAAAAUGAUUGGUUCAGACCAAGAGACAUGGCAGAACUGGUCGCGGGUCUUGGCAUGGUGCCUGUUCCGCCCAGCCAAUGUGGAAGGAUACACCGAGUGGCGCGCGGCCAAUGAGAUGCGGGCCGCUGCAACGAAGGACAGCAAUGCCACUGCCAUCAUCGAGGGCGGCGCUGAUGGUGCGCCCAUCCAGGUACCCGAGAAGUGGGUAGACCAUGAUGGGGGGCUGUUACGAUCCUGGUUCAGAGGUGCAGUGAGCGCUGCCCGCCCCGCGACAGAUUGGCUGGAGCGGCAUUUAUAA